CCGGUGAGACUAAGAAUGCUGUGAGCGCCAUCCACCCCGCACCUGCAAACAGACACACACACCACUCCUCCACCUCGCACACCUUCCCUUCCAUCUGCACACGCAACCCCUGGUCUGGCCGGAUGAGUUACCACCCGGUGGACACGAUAGGGAGUCCAUUCAGGAGAAGUAUGGAUAGUAGGACCACCUACGGCCGCUCCACUGGCACCCCCUCCAGCGGGUUCCGUUCUCAGUCCUGGUCCCGGGCAAGCCCAGGCUCCACGAUGACCUCCUCCUACAAGAGGAGCGUCAACAUGCCGGUAGCCCGAAUGUACAGCUCCACACUCCUCAGCUCCGCCGACAGCGUUGAUUUCAAUCAAACGAACGGAGACUACAAGCGCUCCAACGAGAAAGAGCAGCUCCAGGGGCUCAACGACCGCUUCGCCGGUUACAUCGACAAGGUGCACUACCUGGAGCAGCAGAACAGCCAAAUCGAAGAGGAGAUCCAGACGCUGCGGCAGAAGCAGGUGUCGCAAUCCCAGCUAGGCGAUUUAUACGACCAGGAACUCCAGGAGCUGCGCUCCAUGCUGGAGCAGAUUCACCACGAUAAAGCGCAGAUCCAGCUCGACACGGACCACGUCGAGGAUGACAUCCAGAGAAUUAGGGACCGUUUCGAUGAGGAAGCCCGCAUCAGGGAUGAGACGGAAGGCAUCAUCCGGGCGUUGAGAAAAGAUAUGACCGACUCUGAUUUGGUGAAGUCAGAGUUGGAGAAGAAAGUUCAGUCACUGCAUGACGAGAUUGCCUUUAUUCGCAACAACCACGAGGAAGAGGUGAGCGACCUGUUCGCCCAGGUGCAGGCGUCGCAGGUGACCAUGGAGAGGAAAGACAUCCAGAAGACGGACAUCACCGAGGCGCUCCGGGAGAUCCGCACCCAGCUCGAGGGCCACUCCAACCAGAACCUGCAGCAGGUGGAGGACUGGUUCAUGUGCCGCUAUUCCAAGCUCACUGAUGCUGCGGAACAAAACAAAGAUGCAAUCAAGUCCGCCCGUGAUGAGAUAGCAGACUACCGCCGCCAGCUCCAGUCCAAGACCGUGGAGUUAGAGUCCGUCCGUGGAACCAGGGAGUCACUGGAGAGGCAGUUGAAUGACAUCGAGGACCGACACAACAGCGACCUGUCCAGCCUGCAGGAGACCAUCCACCAGCUGGAUAAUGAGCUCAAGGGCACGAAGUGGGAGAUGGCACGUCAUCUGCGCGAGUACCAGGACCUGCUCAAUGUCAAGAUGGCCCUGGACAUUGAGAUAGCUGCAUACAGGAAACUCCUAGAAGGUGAAGAGACCCACUUUAGCACUUUCCCUUACCGCCACAACGUCACCUCCUCUAAGAAGUCCAAGUAUGAGCCUCCCAAACUGAAAGUCCAGCAUAAGUUUGUCGAGGAGAUCAUCGAGGAGACCAGGGUAGAGGAUGAGAAGGAUGAGAUGGACCAAGACCUGGCUGAGAUCGCCCAGGAGCUUUCUGCCGCUCUGGAGACAGAGGCCACAGAUGAAGGAGAGGAUGAGGGAGAAGAGGGAGGAGAAGAAGCAGAGGGAGAAAGGGAGAAGGGGGGAGAGGGUGAAUCAGAAGAGGUUGUAGCCUCCACUGAAGCCCAAGUUAGCUCCAGCACACAUGCUGAGGAGGAAGAGGAGGACAAAGAAGGUGGUGAUGUAGAGGAAGAGGGAGAAAAAGAAGAAGAGGAUGAGAAAGGAGAAGAGGGUGAGGGUGACAAGGAAGAUGAUACAGAAGGUGGUGAUGAGGGAGAAGGAGAGGGGGAAUUAGAGGAGACAGUCCUGUGCUCUAAAGCCCCAGAAUCAAAGUCCUCUCCUGACAAAGAGAAGGGAAGCGGAGGAGAAGAGGAGACAGGAGAGGGAGAAGAGGAGGGAGAUGAUCAAGAUGAAGGUGCAGGUAGUGACAAAGGAUCCAAAGAUGGAGAUGAUAAGGAUGAGGAAGAUGAGAAGAAAGGAAAGGAUGAGAAAGAAGACAAAACAGAUGAGAAGGCAGCUGUAGCCAAGGCAGAGGCUCCCAAAACAGAAGCCCCCAAGAGUGAGGCCCCAAAAGUUGAGGUCCAGAAAUCUGAGGCCCCAAAGCCCUCCAAGCCAGACUCCCUAAAAGCUGAAUCCCCAAAGGCUGGGUCCCCCAAGUCUGAGUCACCAAAAGCUGGAUCCCCCAAACAUGAAUCCCCCAAAGCUGUAACCCCCAAAUCUGAAUCUCCAAAACCUGGCUCCCCCAAAUCUGAAUCCCCAAAACCUGCUGGAUCCCCCAAAUCUGAAUCCCCAAAACCUGCUGGAUCCCCCAAAUCUGAAUCCCCAAAACCUUCUGGAUCCCCUAAAACUGAAUCCCCAAAACCUGCUGGAUCCCCUAAAUCUGAAUCCCCAAAACCUGCUGGAUCCCCUAAAUCUGAAUCCCCAAAACCUGCUGGAUCCCCUACUUCUGAAUCCCCAAAACCUGCUGGAUCCCCUAAAUCUGAAUCCCCAAAACCUGCUGGAUCCCCUACUUCUGAAUCUCCAAAACCUGGCUCCCCCAAAUCUGAAUCCCCAAAACCUGCUGGAUCCCCCAAAUCUGAAUCCCCAAAACCUGCUGGAUCCCCCAAAUCUGAAUCCCCAAAACCUUCUGGAUCCCCUAAAACUGAAUCCCCAAAACCUGCUGGAUCCCCUAAAUCUGAAUCCCCAAAACCUGCUGGAUCCCCUAAAUCUGAAUCCCCAAAACCUGCUGGAUCCCCUACUUCUGAAUCCCCAAAACCUGCUGGAUCCCCUAAAUCUGAAUCCCCAAAACCUGCUGGAUCCCCUACUUCUGAAUCCCCAAAACCUGCUGGAUCCCCUAAAUCUGAAUCCCCAAAACCUGCUGGAUCCCCUACUUCUGAAUCCCCAAAACCUUCUGGAUCCCCUAAAUCUGAAUCCCCAAAACCUGCUGGAUCCCCUACUUCUGAAUCCUCAAAACCUGCUGGAUCCCCUAAAUCUGAAUCCCCAAAACCUGCUGGCUCCCCCAAAUCUGAAUCCCCAAAACCUGCUGGCUCCCCCAAAUCUGAAUCCCCAAAACUUACAGGAUCCCCAAAAUCUGAAUCCCCAAAACCUACAGGAUCCCCCAAAUCUGAAUCCCCCAAAUUAGGAUCCCCCAAGGCAGAGUCCCCUAAGGGUGAGGCCCCCAAACCAGAAGCUCCAAAGUCAGAGGCCCCCAAGGCUGCAGAAGAGAAAGUAGACAAAAAGAGUGAUUCAGAGGCAGAGAAGAAGGUAGAAAAGAAAGACACAGCCAUGAACGGAGAUGUGGAGAAGACUUCCCCAGAGGUCAAGGACAAGAAGGAUGAGGGUGGGAAAGAGGCAGAGGAGAAGGAUAUUAUCUCAAAUGGAGUGGACGAGAGCCCCACUAAAGAUGACCCCGACCAGAAAGAUGAUCCAAAGGACCAGAAUGUGGUCAUCACCCAAACAGUGGAGACCAUCACCACUGGAGAGGACGGGGCCAAGCAUGUCACCAAAUCAGUCACUGUCACCGAGACUGUGAAGGAGUCUGAGGAUUUGAUGCAGGAGAAGACAGUCUCCAGCAAGAAGAUGGAGAAACACUCUUCCCAGUCCGUCAAGGUGGUGACUGAAACUGAGUAACUGCGCUCCAUCCAACCCACUCAGGAGGAACAAAGAUGACACGACGACAAGCAAUCAACCCAGAACUAACAUAACAAAGAAAUCAUAGAGCUAGAGCGAUGUAAUAAAGAUAACCACUCUCAAACAUACAGAAAAGCAACGAGAGAAGCCAUAUGAUGUGACAAAGCUAAAGUUUAAAAAAUGCAUAUUGAGAGAAAGCUUUAAAAGGGUUUUGCUGCGGAUUAUAUCAGGGAAAUGUGGUAGUGGGACAGAUUAUUAAUUGUCUUUAUUUUUCCCUGCAGUUCACGGGAGGGCUCACGGGUGGGGGCGUCUGCAUGCUAGCUCAGGGAGGGAGUCCCCUCCGCUCUAACCUGUAUGUAUGGAUGGAAGGGUUACAGUUUAGAUGCAUACUGUAUGUGGGUGGGAGAGUGAUAGAAAUGUAUGUUAAUUCAAAUGUUAAUUCAAGAAGGGGUGCCUGGGUUGGAGGGUCCACUUUAGAGACACAUGUUCAAAAGGACUAGCCUUUUUAUGUGAAGAUACCAACUGAGCCAAAAAUACAAUCGUCUACAACACAAUAUAGUGAAGAAUGAGAAAGACGAUGGUGCAAUGUACUGAUGAUCAUAAACAUACAGUACCCGAAGCAACUAAUGCAUAAAGAACCUUGAAGAAACUCUGAGCCUUAAACAUGCUUUUUAUCAGUAUCUAUUAUGUUUACCUAAUGAGUGCAAUUGAAAAUAAAUAUGUAAAUGCACACACAUCCAUUCUUGUAUGCAUAGGAUGGACUUGACUUUAAAUAGCGAACAUAAAUGAGGUGCUACAGUUUGCAAUCCCAUGUCUUUACUCAUCAUGAACUAUUUCCCAGCAGCAUUUGCUCAAUAAAUGUCAUACUGAAAUACAAA